AUGGGACAAGAUGAAGAUUACGUGUUUUUGGCACGCCAAAGUCUUGAGGGGCUUGGCUUGGAUGACUGGCGUCUGGUGGCUGCCAGCUUGAGAGCAGCAAAGUUUCGCCAAGUCCCUAGUGCCCGUAAAGGUUUGAUAGCUUGGCCGCAAUCGCAAGCCGUCAGCAAAGCUGUGUUUGAACUUGCUGCUGCGGCCACCGCCGAUGCUGCGCCACCAGACGUCAUCAAAGCUUCAAUCCCACCACCGCCAGACCAGACUUUUCUUGGCACUGGCACUUGGCACUGGCACUUGGCACUGGCACCAGACUGCAGUGCCACUUGGCAACCCGUCUGA